CACCUGGAGUGGCGGACCAUGAUGAUGUCAAGCGCCCCUGUUUUUCUCCUCGCGGCUGUCUCGGCCUUUCUGGUCUGCCUUUCGUCCGCCGAAACAAUUGAGCACUCCUGCGCCCUGAGGCUCGAAGAGCAGCCGGAGCUGCCCAAACCGCCCAAGGAGGAAUGCCCCGAGAACAACAAGCUUGUCUCAUACGAGAAAACCGAUGACAAACUCCGAAUUUUGCACUGGGUUCGUGUUCACGCUUGGAUGCAUCACAGCGUGGGUGCGACACUCCUGCUGUGCAUGCAUGUGUUCCCGGCGCAGAAUAUCAUGUGGAUGUUCUCGCCCGCGUCCCUUCGCGCCAGCUGGCAGGUUGAGGACGAGCAGCUGAAAAACAAGGUAUAUCAGUGCCCAGUCUUCUGGCAAAACGUCGCUGACUGCACCGAGAGACCCGAAUUCGAGCACCCAGCUAACGGGAAGAGACCGAAGACGAAGCACCAACAGUCGUGCGGCGGGAAGGCGCCAAAGCCGGACGGGUGGGAGUGGUACGCCUCCCAAGUCCAGAAGGUCGCCAAGGACGUCAGCAAGGGCACAUCCAAAAACCAGGGCGUGACAUGCAUCAAUCAGGUAAGCAUGCAUCAAUCAGCUGCAAAUGCCAAGUACAGUGCUUUGUUGUACUGCGGCAAUGACGGUGGAACCGGAUCAACGACGUGGCGAGAUGGCUCAGCUACUUUAACACGAACAUCACCAAGGAGCACGGAGACGGUCUGGAUGUAAUCUCGCUGUCAGAGGUGAGGCCUUGCGUAUGUAAUGCGCUUCCCGCGCUGUUUCGUGUGGAUGUGUUUGUGCGUAUGUCAUGCAGAUCGACGGCUGCCACGUUUUAAAAGACUUGUUGGAUCUGUCGGGCCUCGAUCGCAAUGGCUUCGGUAUGCAGGUGUAUACACAAGGCCGUGUCUCCAUAUAAACACAACAAUCGCUCAAACAUGGAUACGUAUCGCUACCCAUUGUCUUGGUGCAUGACUUUGGGGUAAAGUUCCCUAUCACAUCACUGGGAACGACUUCCGCAGCUACCAGCAAGUGGGCUUUCUCAGCAGAAUCAAUCCAGUCGAACCCAUUACAACCACGUACACACAUAAGUCACGCAUACGCCCAUUUGCCAUGAGUGUCGCUCCGCUGACCUUUGCUGCAGGCGAAAGAGUAUGACGGGAAGUGAGUUCCCGGCGACAGUCAACCCCCUGUGCCAAAAGGUGAGGUGGCAGGUGCUUCGUUUGUAUCGCCGAUGAGUGGAUCGAUCUGCCAAUUGUCCCUGCCAGUUCAGCGGCGUCGAACGCGGCAGGGAAUUCAACUACAAAGAAGAGCGGGAAGGCAUCGGACUCAACAAAGUCGCCCGGAUGGACGUCAACGUCAAGGGCAUCCCGAUCACCAUACUCACCAUCCACCUUAAGAGCAUCCCCACACGUAUGCACACACAGCAGCUGGACUGAAAGGGAAGGCGGACCGACCUUUGGAUAUGUGUGUCCAAUGUGUGUGUCUGUGUGCCUACGUUUGC